AUGUUCCACGUCGUCGGUCCGGGGACGUCGAACAUGGGACAUGUGCAACGAGCGUGGGACCACUUUCGGGCCGUGGGCUCGCCACGGUUUCUCUGCGCUCCCAUGGUCGACGCGUCUGAGCUGGCGUUCAGGCUUCUCGUUCGCCGUUAUGGCGUUCAGCUAGCGUACACGCCGAUGCUCCAUUCACUUAACUUUUUACAAUCUCCAAAGUAUAGAGACGAGCACUUUACCACCUGCGCGUUGGAUCGACCAGUCGUCGCACAGUUCUGCGGGAACGACCCGACGACGCUGGUUGCUGCUGCCAAGCUCGUCGAGUCGCAAGUCGACGCCGUUGACCUCAACCUGGGCUGUCCGCAAAACAUUGCCCGACGAGGACGUUACGGUGCGUUCCUGCAAGACGACUGGGACCUCGUCCAGCGCUUGGUCUCCGCGCUGAGCACCCACUGUAGUGUCCCGGUGUGGUGUAAAAUUCGCGUUUUUCCGGAUGAGCAUAAAACGCUAGCGUAUGCCAAACUCAUCCAGGAUGCCGGCUGUUCGGUGCUUGCUGUGCACGGGCGAACACGCGAUCAGAAAGGAAACGAUCCUGGUCCAGCAAACUGGACCAUGAUUCGACGCAUCAAAGAGCAUCUAGAGAUCCCGGUGCUUAUGAACGGAAACAUUCAGAGCUGGGCCGAUGUACAGCGGGGCCUUGCGGAAACGCGCUGUGACGGUGUACUGGCUGCGGAUCGUUUACUUGCAUAUCCCGCUCUAUUUUCAGGUCGAGAAGACAAUUGUAUUUAUGCACUGGCCCGGGAGUAUCUGGGGAUUGUGGAGCAAUACGAUCCCCAGACGCCAGCACGCAUGAUUCGAGGCCACCUUUUUCGGAUGCUGAACGCAGAUAUUCGUCGCGACGAGGACCUUCGAGAGCGCUUGUUAGGAGCGCAUUCUGUGCAGGGUUUUGCCGAGGCCGUGCUCAUCGCUCAGCGACGAGCAGCAGAGAUGCCUGUGGUCGCGGCGCCACUCGAGCGGGUACACGGACUCGGCGGGUCAUCGCGUGUGGAUGUCUCGCGUGGAGCAUCGCAACCGCAGACGUAUGCACGGCCUGUAUGA